AUGGAAAACAUGUCCGAGGAAACCCACGGCGAAAUGACGGAUCCACAGCACAUCCACCUAAGGUAAGGAGAAAAAAAACGGUUCAAGGGGUCCCUGUGUGAAGGUGUUUCUAUAAAACCGCGCCUCAACCUUUUUCUUUCUGCUCCUUUUCAUUCACAUGAAAAUUUUUCCUUGUUUGUAUUGAAUGUGUCAUAUACUAACAGACUGAAAUAAAGUAUGUACACAGCGCCCUAACUUUAUUGAAAUGAAGUCAUGUGUUUGGAGGUUAAGGCUCUGUUUGUGUAGAUACCAACAGUUUGGGUCGGGUCAGAACUGCUGACAUUCAUACAGCUCAUUCAGACGACUCAGAGAAUGAGAGUAUUUGGAAUUUUCCAAUAUUUAUCAUGUCUCAGAUUUGUGCACAUCAGUUUGUGAAUGACAGAUAUUGUAUAGAAAGACUUAGCUUUCAGACCCUUUACAACAAGAUCUUCAGUGCUUCUCAUCUUUUUCUUUUAGCUUCCCAUCUGAAAGCUCUGUGGAGGAAAUGGCUCAAGACAGACCAGAUCAAGAUGAGACAGAGAAAACGGAGAUUGAUAACAGCAUCAUACAGAGACUUCAAGACAGACCAGAUCAAGAUGAGACAGAGAAAAAGGAGAUUGAUAACCGCAUCAUACAGAGACUUCAAUCUGGCUGGAUAGGCACUCUUCAUGUCGUUUUCCUGGUGCUGCUUUUAGUCCUAAUCACUGUCAUUGUUGGCCUGAGCAUCAAUGUUAAGCAGUUACAGAAAGAAAGGAGUCAGCUGAGACAGCUUUUAGAAUCAACACACAUGGGACUGAACCACACCAUGGAAGUAAAUCAAAAAGUGAGCCAGAGUCUGAACUUCACCGUGGAAGAAAAUCAAAAACUGAGGCUGAGUCUGAACUACACCAUGGAAGAGAAUCUGAACCUGAGCCUGAGUCUGAACAACACCAUGGAAGAAAAUCAGAAAUUGAGCAGAAGACUAAACUACACCAUGGAAGAAAAUCAAAAACUGAGCCUGAGUCUGAACUACACCAUGGAAGAGAAUCUGAACCUGAGCCUGAGUCUGAACAACACCAUGGAAGAAAAUCAGAAAUUGAGCAGAAGACUAAACUACACCAUGGAAGAGAAUCUGAAUCUGAGCCAAAGAUUAAACCACACCAAGGAAGAAAAUCAAAAACUGAGGCUGAGUCUGAACUACACCAUGGAAGAGAAUCUGAACCUGAGCCUGAGUCUGAACAGCACCAAGGAAGAAAAUCAAAAACUGAGCCUGAGUCUGAGCUACUCCAUGGAAGAAAAUCAGAGACUGAGCCGAAGACUAAACCACACCAUGGCAGAAAAGUCACAGCUUCAAGUGCAGAUUGAGGAGAUGAAAAUCAUAUUGAAUUCUACUAUGGAAAACCGUGACUCUUUCAGAAAAGACAAAAUCAAAUAUCAACAGCUUUUGAUCAAUGAAAGGCAGACCUCAACUCAACUAAAAGCUGAAAAUCAACGUCAACAAUCAAUUCUGAUGUCGGAGAAACUAUCUUUCCUCUGGAGAUUCUGUGAUAAAGGCACCCUGCAAUGUUCACGCUGCCUUCCUGGUUGGGCUGAGCACGCCACACGCUGCUUCCAUUUGGCAUCACAACCAAUGAAGUGGGAAGAUGCUCGUAGGGAGUGUUUUAAUGAAGGUGCUGACCUGGCUGUUGUCUUGAAUGCUGCAGACCAGGCAUUUCUGACCAACAUGACUUUCCAGUUUACACAGCAGCAUCCAAAUGUACUGUUCCAUUCAGCAUGGAUCGGGUUGCAGGACAUGGUGCAGGAUAACAGAUUUGUGUGGGUAAAUGGUAUCAAGUCCAAGUCAGAUUUGAAGUUCUGGAUGCCUGGAGAGCCAAACAAUGCUGCGGCUCAAUGGGACAAAGACCGUGCAGGACAGGACUGUGUUGUCAUUGUCCCUCCAAAGACUGUUGGACAGAAAGGCUGGCUGAACUCCUGGGAUGAUAUUGUCUGUCGAGGCCAGCGGCACUACAUUUGUGAAACCAAAGCUCUUAUUUUGUCUGGAGUGAAAACUGAGGAAUGA